CUCAACCUUCUUCUUCCUCGAUCAUAAUAAUCACUGAUCCGACGUUUCAGGGUUACACCGACGAAUCUCCAUCUCUACACUCACACAGAUCUCAAGCACUCUAUGAUCAUUAAUCACUACCAUGAACUGCGCCGUACUCGAUCCCACUCUCCUCAACGGUGUUGUUGUUGUUUCCCGCCUUAUAAAUGGAGCUUCACUUUCAUCUCAUGAUCACCCAUUGUUUCACUUCUGUGUUGAAUAUAUUCUGCCAAUAUGAAAAUGCUACUGUUUUAUAUUGGAUUAUUGGGUUGGAUGUGUGUGUGUUGUGUGCAGGGUGAAGAUCCAUAUAGGAAUUUUAAUUGGGUGGUUACAUAUGGACAGAUUUCACCUCUUGGUCUUCCACAGAGGGGUAUACUUAUCAAUGGGUUGUUUCCGGGCCCGACAAUCGAGUGUGAAACCAAUGACAAUGUGAUUGUUAAUGUUGUUAAUAAGCUGGAUGAGCCUUUCCUCAUCACAUGGAAUGGAGUGAAACAAAGAAAGACUUCAUGGCAAGAUGGAGUACUUGGAACAAACUGCCCAAUCCCACCAAAUUCACAGUGGACAUAUCGUAUGCAAGUGAAAGAUCAGAUUGGAACCUUCUCAUACUUUGCUUCAAUCGGUAUGCAUAGAGCUGUUGGCGGUUUUGGAGCGUUUAACAUCCAAGCAAGGCCGGUGAUCUUCGUCCCGUAUCUUAAACCAGCUGCUGAAUUCACUCUGCUUGUCAGUGAUUGGUGGAAAUCCGAUCACAAGACGUUAAGACAGCGAUUGGACUCAGGGAAAGCUCUACGUAAGCCCGAUGGUCUUCUUAUUAACGGGAGUCCUCGUGCUACGUCUUUCACGGGUCAAGCAGGUCAAAGGUACUUGUUUAGGGUGUCGAAUAUGGCUUUAACGACUUCAAUCAAUUUUAGGAUUCAAGGUCAUACAAUGACAUUGGUUGAAGUUGAAGGAGCUCAUACUUUGCAUGAAUCCUAUGAAUCACUCGACCUUCAUGUCGGUCAAUCUGUUUCGUUCUUGGUCACCCUGCACUCUCCGGCAAAAGAUUAUUUCAUCGUCGCUUCAACUAGAUUUACCAAACCCGUUCUUACCGCUACUGGAAUUCUUCAUUACGCUGGAUCCACAGCCAAAGCUUCACUGCCAUUGCCCGUUGCACCUACCUAUCAGGUUCAUUGGUCAAUGAAGCAGGCCAGAACAAUCAGAUGGAACUUGACGGCAAAUGCAGCCCGGCCCAACCCGCAAGGUUCAUUUCACUACGGAACAAUCCCAAUAACGAGGACAGUUAUAUUUGCCAACUCAAAAACUAAGAUUGGUGGCAAGCUUCGGUAUGCUGUGAACAAGGUGUCUCACAUCAACCCCGCUACCCCAUUGAAGCUCGCUGACUAUUUCAACAUUCCCGGAGUAUUCAAACUAAACUCAAUCCAACCUACUCCCCGUGCGGGCCCUACAGUUCUCGCCCCCUCAGUCAUCGGCUUUACUCUUCAUGAUUUUGUUGAAAUUGUCUUCCAGAAUAACGAGAACUCUAUUCAAUCAUGGCAUCUUGAUGGUAAUGAUUUUUGGAGUGUAGGUUUUGGAGGUGGACAGUGGAAUUCGACACUGAGGAAAAGAUUCUACAAUCUGAACGAUGCUACCACGCGAUACACAGUCCAGGUUUACCCAAAAUCUUGGAGCGCGAUAUUGGUGGCGUUGGACAACAAGGGGAUGUGGAAUCUGAGAUCUGCAAACUGGCCAAGACAGUAUCUGGGACAGCAGUUGUACGCCCGGGUUUGGAACGAUGAAAAGAGUCUGUUUACCGAAUAUGACAUACCGCAAAAUGCAUUGCGUUGCGGCAAGGCAAAAUAGUUAAAUGCUGUUGGAAUUGACAACCAUGGUGUUUAGGAUAAUAAAAAUACUUACAUAUUCUCAAUCUUUAAUGAACUUUGUUUUAUCAUGUGAUUUAUCAAAACUUAUAAAAAUUGUUUAACAAUA